AUGAGUACACCAAAAAAUUUCAGUAAACCAACUCUUUAAACUUAGAAAUCUUCAAAACCUUCUUUAUUUGCUCCAAAAUUAGGUUCUCCAAAUUCUUUAUCACUCAUCAAAAGUAUUAAAAAGGUUUCAAAUAUCCUUUUAGCAAAACAAUCCAGUAGUAUACAUAUUAAAAGUCCUAUUGUUAAAACAGAGAGAGCAAAGACUUUUAAUUUUAGUGAAACAGAUUCAAAACCAGAAUUAAAUAAAUGGGAUGCCGUUGCUAAAAUAGAAAAAUCAAUCAAUAUACUCAGAAAAACUAGAGGUUAAAUUGAUUUCUCAUUUCAAAUUAAAGUAGAAGAGAUAAUCAAUCAAAUGAUGGCAAUAUGUAGUAUUGAUGAAAAAGUCAUAAAAUUGUUUCUGCAAAUCAAAGACGAACGUGAUUAAAAAAAAUAAUCCUAAUUAAAAACUUUAAAAUUCAUUAAAGGUCAAUAGGAUUAAAUUGAACAAUUAGUAUUAAUGUAAAUAAUCUUAGAAAAAAAGAUGUUAGGAGUACGACUGA